AUGAGCACAUAUUCUCGCGUACCAUUAGAUCCAGUUACCUAAAACAAAGAAUAUUUUAGUACUUAAUCUUAAUCUAAGAUUAUAUCAAGUACUAUCAGAUAAUGUACUUCAACUACAAACUUUAGUGUUUAAUAAAUGAAGAGAUCUAUGUAAAAUGUUGUGUUUAGUUUUAUUAAGGUCAGGAAACAGUAUUUAUUCUUCAUAAAUGAAUAACCCACCUCCUGCAAGAUAAUAGUUGGGUAAAAGUCUAGAUAUUGUAUGUUUUUUGAUGGCUUGUGAAAUAGAGAGAUUUGUAGCUGAAAAUGAUAAAUUGAAAUACAGAAUUAAAGAAAUGGAUGAUAAAUUGCUUGAUAGAAAUAGUUAUGAAAAGUAGAUCGAAGAUUUAUAGGCUAGACUUCUGUAAUUAUAGUAUCAAGAAAGUAUGUAUAGGUAAAAAAUUAUAUUAUACUUAGAUAGGAAAUUGAAAUUACAACUACUUAAUUUUCAGAAGAAGUUGAAAAUUGGAAAAUAAAAUAUUACACAACUGAGGAGAAUUACAAAAAUUAGAAUGAAUAGUUAAAAUAAACUCUAUUGACAGGAAAUCAGAAACAUUAAAGAGAAAUUGAUGAAUUAAAAUAACAAUUGAUAUUCUAAAAAUAAAGCAAUGUAAUUAUUUUGAUUUAUAUAAACAAAGGAAGGAGAAUUAUUUAAUCUAAGAGAAGAAUUAUAAAACAAACAAUAAGAAAUUGACUAUUUUUAACUUCAAUUAAAUUAGUAUGAAUCAGAAUAUUAGUAACAAUAAUAAUAGGGUUAAAAAGUAGUUGAAUUAGAGAAUAAAAUAGGAAUGUUAGUUUGUGAAACAGAAAGAUUGAAUACAUUAUUAAGAUAGAAGUUAGAGGAAUUAGAAUAUUCUAAGUAGAGAUUCUCAACUCUUAAUUAGGAAUCAGAAAAAUAAAAAUCCGAAUUUAGGUAAUUAUAAAACAUUGUUGAUAAAAAAUAGAAAGAUUAUGAUUAGUUAAAUUAAGCUUAUAUCUUAUCUACAAAUGAAUUAAUAAAAUAUAAAGAUUAGGAUUAGAUUAUUGAUCAGAUGUAAAACAAAAUAAAUUUACUUUAAGGGGAGGUUGAUAGAUUAAAUCAAGUUUUAAGAGAAAAAAUUAAAUAAGGCGAAGAAUGGAGAUAGAAAUAUUUUGAUUCUGAAAAUUAAUGUAAGGAAAUGAAAUAAAAACUCAAUAAAUUGGAUUAGUUAUAAAUGCAAUUAAAAGAAUAAUUUGAUGUAUUCUAAUAAUUGACUAAUAAUUUAGAAGAUUAAAAAAUAAAGAAUAAUUAGUUAUCAUAAUAAAAGUUUAAUUUAGAGUAAAUUAAUACAGAUUUAAUAUCUAAAAUUGAAUUAUUAACAAAAGAAAUUGAACGAUUAAAUAAUAUUUUAAGAUUGAAAAUUUAAGAAUUAGAAGAUUGGAAAUAAAAAGGAUUACAUUUUGAAUAAGAAUAUAAAAUUAAGAACAAUCAAAAUAAUGAUUUUGUAAAUAAAUUAAUUUGUUUGACUCAAGAAAUUGAUAGAAUGCAAGAAUAACUAAGAUAAAAAUAACUUGAAUAACAAAAUUUAUAAAUGAACAAAAGUUAAUUAUAGAAAGAUUUGAAUAGUUCAGAUUUAACAAAUUAAACACUUAAAAUUUAGAUUGAAGAAUGGAAAAGAAAGUACUAAGAUUUAGAAUUAGAUUAUUAAUAGUCAUUAAUGAAAAAUAAAAAGAUAUAAGAAUAUGAAAAUACAAUUGCAAUGUUAACUUAAGAGAUAGAGAGAUAGAAACUGAUAUUAUAAAGUAAACUUUAAGAGUUUGAAGAGUAUAAAAAAUAAAUGAUUGCUGAAAUUUCAAAAGUUAAAUAGAAUUUAGCAUUGAAAACAAAUGAAGCAGAUGAAUGGUCAAGUAAAUAUCGAAAAUUAGAACAAUCUUAUUUUGAAUUAAAUUAAUAAAAUAAAACUAUUGAGGAGAAAUGGAAAUAAUCAUUAGUUAGAAUAAUCUUACAUUGUUCAGAAAUAGAUAGAUUAGGAUAGAUUUAAGCUGAAUUAUGUGAUGAAAAUGAAUAAUUGAAUACUUAAGUGUCACAUUAUUAAAAUUAGUUAAAAAUAAAGGAUGAACAAUUAUAUAAGUAAAUAGAUAGAAAUAAUUAAUUAUAAAAAUAACAAGAAGAUGAAAAAAGCAAAAGAUUAGGAUUAGAAAGUUAAUUAGCUAAUUUAAAAAUGUAUUAAGAAAAUUGUGUUAUAUUUGAAUAAAAAGUAUAACAUUUAAAUAUAGAAAAUCAAAGAUUGAACGAAUAAAUAAGAUUUAGAAAUGGAGAAAUUGAAGAUUAUAAAACAUAAAUAUAAAGAUAUGAAACUAAGCUUUAAUUAAAUAAUUAAGAGUUAGAAAGAAUAAAUUAAUAAAUAAGAAAGACUUUUUAGGAAUAAGAUGAAAUGAGAAAAGAGAAGGAAAGAUGGGAAUCAUAAUAUCAUUUAUUAUAAAGAUAGUUUGAUGAAAUUAAAUAGAAGUACCAUUAAUUAGAAAUUUAUAAGACAAAAUAUGGAGAAUCUGAAAAUAGAUGUUCAAUGUUAGUAACUGAAAUAGAACGAUUAAAUUAGGUUAUUAAUAAUAAAUAAGAUGAAAUGGAUUAAUUAAAAAAGAAAUGUUAUUUACUAGAAUAAUAAAUCAUUUAGUUAAAGUAAUAUGAAGAAAAUGUAAGAGAAUUCAAAUAUAUGAAAUUAGAUACGAAUUUUAUCUUAAGAAAUUGAUAGACUUUAAGCAAUUAUCGAUGCAAAUGAAACUGAAUUAAAAUAAUGGCGAUUAUAAUAUGCAGAUGGAGGUGCAUAAAAUAGAAAAAUUUAAGAUUUACUUUAUCACUUUGUGGUAUUUAUUUAUUAAAUGUAGAUGUAAUCAGUGGAAAUUGAGAGUCUUAGAUCCAGAGUUUAAGAAAAAGAAAAAGAAGUUGAAGAAGUCAGGAAAAGUAGUUUAGCACCAUACAGAAGAUGA